AUGAACGGUAACAGAUUGCACGUUCUUGUUAAAAGCAUUUGUCGACGGGUGUUUCAACGGCCAGCAACAGCGCACCGAACCGUGUCCAGUGAUGCCGGGUCAGAGAGACCGAAAACGAUACGGUCACGGAAGACUCGAUCGGUAGUGCCUGCUACCGGCAGCAGUAACGAGCCUUGUGUGGUUCCGAAAGAUGUGCAGGAGUACUUUCAAUCAAAAGAUGCUCCAAUUCUGGACCUGUUUCCUGCCACUAUACUGCGAAAGGGAAAUCAAACCACCGAACGAUUCUACGUGGCUGAUCGAUCGACAGCUCGACAUAUAGCCGAUGUCAUAACACGCGAUCUUCCCGAGGAACGGCUACUGCUGGAAGUUAAUCCCGGCCCGGGGCUGCUAACGGAGCAGAUCUUUCAGCGACGGUCACAAAAUGUGCAGUUCUUCGAAACCGAUCCAAGCUUCGAAGUGCGCUUGAAGAAACUCGGAGUACCAUCCAACGCUCUCCGAACGGCGGAUUUUAACGGAAUGUGGCGAAUGGAAUAUAUGGACAGCUUCGACGGUGGUCAACGCGUCGCCAACUUGCUCACUGGUCUACCACAGCGAAAGUGGCAAGACGAAGUUAGCUUUCGCCUAUUCUCGAUCGUUGGAUCGGUAAAGUAUCUUCGCUACCUGAUGAACUCCAUAACGCAGCAGAAUGAAUUUUAUUCCCUCGGUCGCUACGAGAUGAUUCUUUUGAUGUCCCCUCUCCUUUUCUCGCACAUCGCAUCAACCACCGAAGCCGGCUACAAGCUGUAUCGUGGGGGUACGAUUGUUUUUCAGCUGUACUUCGAUCACGAAUUUCUCGGUACAAUUCCUCGGAAACACUUUGUGCCCUGGUUCAACAACACCAACCCCAAAAAGAUACGCACCCUGCACCGAAAGCUAAUCGACGACGGCGCGGACGAAUGGUAUCUGGUGAAGAUCGUGCCGCGCAAGGAUCUUUUCGAGUAUAUACAGCCGGACAACCUUACGCUUUUCGCAUCGUUCGUGAUGCAACAUUAUGUUAGCAGAAAAAAUCGUGUCAUCCCCACGUUAGAACACUGGAUACCUCAUUGCGGUAGUCGUUUGAUAAUGAACGCUAACUACGCUACGGUAGGAAAAGUUCCACCAAGCCCUCUACCAAGCCAGCUGCUUAAGUCCGUUCCGCUCGUAGCUAAUGACUUCUUGGACAAGAUGACUAUCUACACCGAGUUUGGCGAGCUGACACCCGCUCAGGUGUUAACCCUGUUCAAUGAGUUCAUCAACUGGCCCGAGUUUCACCAGUCACCCUUCAUACAGGCGGUUGGGGGUCAAAAACUGAAACAACGAAUAUCACGUCGCGCUCCUGACGAUGAGGAAUCCAUCGACGGACCGAGCGACGGUUCUACAAACAUUAGCAAUGUCCGUUCGAAGAAGGCUAAAAAUGUACAAUAA